AUGAUUUCAAAAACAAGAACCUUUAUCAUUAAUGUUGCUAUCAUCAUAGCAAUUUUAUAUAAAACAAAUAUUGUAUUAUCAGAUGACAACAGUCAAAUUCCUGCAGAUAGAUCCCAAGUAGAUUCAUGGUUUAAUAAGAUUGUUGGUCCUUUAAGUCAAAGAAAAAGCACCCUUGAGCCUGCAUUGGUGAGUGCAGAGGCUGCUCCUAAGGUUAUUAAAGUAAUGCAAGACGGUAGUGGGGAAUUUAAAACAAUCACGGCUGCCAUCAACAGCAUACCUACAGGAAACAACAAACGUGUGAUUAUUAAAAUAGGUCCCGGAAACUAUAAGGAGAAAAUAAAAAUUGAAAGGUCUAGACCUUUUAUUACAUUUUUAGGCAAUCCAAAAAAUAUGCCUAAUUUAACCUUUGAUGGUACUGCGAAAAAAUAUGGCACAGUUGAUAGUGCCACAUUGAUUGUCAUGUCUGAUUACUUUGUAGCAGCUAACAUCGCAAUAUCGAAUUCUGCGGCGAGACCUGAUGCAAGAAGGUCAGGAGGUCAAGCUGUUGCAUUGAGAACUUCCGGUGACAAAUCAGCAUUUUAUAAUUGCAAAAUAUAUGGAUUCCAGGAUACUGUAUGUGAUGACAGAAAUAAUCAUCUUUUUAAAGAUUGCUUAAUUCAAGGCACAGUAGAUUACAUAUUCGGAAGUGGAAAGUCAUUAUAUUUAAAAACUGAAUUAAGAACGCUUGGAACUAAAGACGUGACAGUGAUAGUAGCACAAGCAAGAAAAAGUCAAUCAGAAGAUUAUAUAUACUCAUUUGUGCAUUGUGAUUUAACUGGAACUGGAACUCGUACUUUUUUGGGUAGAGCAUGGUUGUCUCAUGCCAAAGUUGCAUUUGCUUACUCAACUAUGACCAAAGUUAUUCACCCAGAAGGAUGGUGUAACAACUUGCAUUCUGAAUAUAACAAAACUUUAUUCUUUGGAGAAUAUAAGAACACUGGACCAGGUGCAGAUAUCAAAAAACGUGUAAAAUUCACAAAACAAUUAUCUGAUGGAGAAGCUAAACCUUUCAUUACACUUGGAAUCAUUCAAGGAUCUAGAUGGCUGCUUCCUCCUCCAAAUUUCUAA